GCCGAACAGCUGAUGACCAUAGCGUAUGAGAGUGGGGUCAAUCUGUUUGACACGGCGGAGGUGUACGCUGCUGGAAAAGCUGAAGCCAUAUUGGGUAAUAUCAUCAAAAAGAAGUCCUGGAGACGAUCAAGUCUGGUCAUCACUACCAAGCUGUACUGGGGAGGAAAGGCAGAGACUGAAAGAGGCCUUUCAAGGAAACACAUUAUUGAAGGUCUGAAGGGCUCUCUCCAGAGGUUGCAGCUGGAAUACGUAGACGUGGUCUUCGCAAACCGCCCCGACACCAACACACCCAUGGAGGAGAUUGUGAGAGCCAUGACGUAUGUGAUCAACCAGGGGAUGUCCAUGUACUGGGGGACGUCUCGAUGGACAGCCAUGGAGAUCAUGGAGGCGUACUCUGUGGCCAGACAGUUUAACCUGAUCCCUCCGGUGUGUGAGCAGGCUGAGUACCAUCUCUUCCAGAGGGAGAAGGUGGAGGUCCAGCUUCCAGAACUCUACCACAAGAUAGGUGUUGGGGCAAUGACGUGGUCUCCGCUGGCCUGUGGCAUCAUCACAGGGAAGUACCAGAACGGCAUCCCAGAAACCUCCAGGGCAUCCAUGAAGUCGUACCAGUGGUUAAAGGAGAAGAUAGUGAGUGAGGAUGGGAGGAAACAGCAGGCUAAGCUGAAGGAGCUGGGACACAUCGCUGAGAAGCUGGGCUGUACUCUCCCACAGCUGGCCGUGGCCUGGUGUUUGAGGAGCGAGGGGGUGAGCUCAGUCCUCCUGGGAUCCUCCAGUCCAGAGCAGCUAACGGAGAACCUAGGUGCCAUACAGUUCCUUCCAAAAAUGACGUCUCAUGUGGUGUCGGACAUCGAUCACAUACUGGGGAACAAGCCGUACAGUAAGAAAGAGUAUCGCUCCUCCUAG